AUGAUCCGGGCUUCUGGGCAGCUUUUCACGUCAAAGCUCCUUAACUGCGAUCUCAGUAUAUGUCUCCGCAUGAGUAAUUACAAAGACUUUCAGAUCAUCCUUCUGAUGAGAAAAAAUGGGGUGCCUAAGGUCCAGCCUAAAAGACGCACCCCUCGCUCCUCGAAUGGUUGUCUUACUUGCAAGCGUAAGAAGAUCAAAUGUGACGAAACCAAAUGGAUAUGUAAGAGGUGUUUGAGCAGCCGGCUAGAUUGCCGUUGGCCUGACAAGGUCCUCGACCUACACCUGGAUCUAGAUUUGCACGAUAUUGAGGGUCUACGACUGUACGAUCCUCCAUAUUCUGCCACUUACACUUGGCCUGAGAUUCCUGAGGUGGAUGACAUCACAGGAACUACGAUUUCAGACUCAAGCUCAGUGUUGGCACUGACUGAACGAUCGCUACCUUCAUAUGGAUCGCCAUACAUGAAUGGAGCUUCUGAAAUCGACCAAAUGAGUCCAUCGCUUGAGCUCGGACCAAGAGUGUCAUUCCAGGAGGUGUUGGACUUGGAGUUUUUGGGCCAGUUUUCGUACCGGUUUCUUCCUGCAAUCGCCCAGAUGCAUUUUCAUGAUGCUUCAUCCCGGCUGAACCUCAUGCUUUCUGGCGCUGGCUCGUCAGACUUGCUUCGGGGGAUCUUCGUGGCAUGCGGAGCAGCUUUGGUAGCCUACGACGACAACUCAUACAAAAGUGUUGCCAUAGAGCGCUACAAUAUGGCUAUGAACUCAUACUUCAAUGAGUUGAAUCGGACGGACUCAGCUGGAGGAGAAGAUUGGCUUCUUGUAGCCGUUCAGGUGCUUCAGACAUUGUGCUACAGGGAUUCUUUUGGCUCUUCCAACGCAACACGUGCAGCCACACAUUUCGGCGCUGCUUAUCAAUUUAUUUCUCUGCGUAUUUUUGGGAUUUCUAACAAAAAUGGCGGCCUGGACGAAAUGAAAGUCCUGCGCCUUGACUUGAUGAUGAUUGAGAACUUUAUUUUCAAUUACUCAUUAACAAUUAUGUUCUGCGACCAUGAAAAAUUACCUCAGCUUGUCAUGAGUCCAUAUGUUCUAUUCAGUCAGGCUAAUAGUCGGCUAAAGGUGAUGUACGCCUCUCACAAGUACCCACACCUGAGUCAAAUGGCUAUUCUUGCGUUUCAAGUGGCCGCUAAGAGUGCUUGGCUGUGCCGCUUAUCUCUUCCGCUCACUCAACUGGACCACUUUAUGCUUACUGAGCUUCUAAUGGUAAGUGAAGUGGCCCUUUUGAGUAUGAACCUUCUCAAUUCGACUACAACGUCAAUUGCCAUCCAAAAAACAGUCUCUGUUGCACGAGUAGUCUUCCAAGCUGCAAGAAUUUUAGUGGCAAGAAUGCUAGAUCCAAAAUUUGAUCCCGAACUUAUUCAGGAUUAUCUCAAUUACAUACGUGGUGAUGUCUCACAGCUGUACAAUACAGAUACUAUCUUUCCAGUAUGGGCUAUAUUCAUCGCGGGAAGUGCCAGUGUUGAUGUGCAAGAUCGUGAGUUUUUCCGUGCUCAGAUAAAACAAUUGAUGGAUAUCUCUCGGUCACUGAUUGUGCGACUGGUCGCUGAUCAUUUAGAGAAGAUGUGGAUGCUCUAUUCUGGUCUUGAACCUUUGGACCUACUCAUGGACACCAGAGUAUUAGAUAGCGUUUGCAAAUGA